AUGCUCGCUCUCGCAUACACCGCCGUCGCCGCUGCUGCUGCUGCGCCAAGAGGACAAUACGCUCUCAAGCCGAGCCAGAUGUGUGACCUCAAUGUGAACUACAUCGGCGGUGGCUCAGAAUCACUGCUGCUGCAGCUUAACUACCGUGGUGAUAACUACCCGCCCUUCAGCGUUACGCUGGUCCCCGAUGAACCGUUCACCUGCUUGGACCUUACGCCGUUCAGCUCAACAGAGGGCUCACACGCCGCCGAGUGCACUUACAACACACUCAAGCCAGACCGUUCGGUCUAUACCAAGAUUGAUCUCCUUCUCCGUACCGAUGGCAAAUACCUCAAUUAUGAGCUCCUGCCUUCCAUGGUUCGCACUAUAGGUUUCAAAUCUUGGAGUCUCGUGUGCGAGAAGCAGCCCGUCGAAGAGCGCAAGUCGCGCUGA